AGUAUGUUGUAAGUGAUGACGCGGAGUGCGGAGUAUGGCAAGUAAGAAUGUCUCGAGGCGGAUGCAUCGUUCACAUUCAUUCACGAGCCACGACAUCAGCACUGUUGUCAAAGUCUUGUCGCUUCUCGUUCAUUCAAGCCGAGUUGAAGACUGAUCGUGCCACUCGGUUCUAUCCUUGUUGGUGCCGACUUUGGAGAUGCCUAGCAGCGACGAUGGCACCGUCAAGGAGCCCAUCAACAGAGAACCAGACAUGAGCCAUCUGGUACAAAGCUUUUUAACGCCGUCUGAAUCUCAACCCAGCAAAACAGCAGACGACACGCAGGUGGCGUACGACCGAAAUCACGGACCAAUACAACACAUUGACCCACUAGCACACAAGCUGACAAUCAAGUCCGAGGCAACCACUAUCUCUGUGGACCUUGUAUUAUCCGUGGAUGACCUAAAGACGAAAUUCCGGCAACAUACAGUCCAAUGCGCGCUCCAGUGCGCGGGAAACCGUCGGCAUGAGAUGCGUAGUCGCGUCAAGGAAGUCAGUGGUAUAGACUGGGGAGAUGGGGCGGUCAUGAAUGCAGAGUGGACGGGGCCUUUGUUGCGGGAUGUGCUGAUCCAUGCUGGAUUAAGCCCUAAAACGAUGCACGAGGGUCUGCAUGUCCAGAUGGAGUGUAAUGCUACCGAGGUCCAGGAUGAUGAGUGGUACGGGUCCAGCGUGCCGCUUGAUGUGGUUAUGGAUGAGGAGAGGGAAGUUGUACUUGCGCUGGAGAUGAACGACACCCCUCUCCCCGACCGCCACGGCGGCCCCGUCAGGUCAGUCAUCCCCGGCAUAAUAGGCGCCAGAUCAGUCAAAUGGCUAGACACAAUCGUCUUGUCCAGCCGUGAAUCGCAAAAUCACUACCAACAACACGACUACAAGGUCUUGCCUCCAGAAGCGACGUCCCCUGAAAAGGCAGAGGAAUUAGGCCUCUGGGACAAGACCCCAGCGAUGCAGGAUAACCCGAUUAACUCUGUGGUUGCGGUGCCUGGGGAGGAUGGUGAGACACUUGUCCGCCGGGAUGAUGGGAAAGUGAGGAUCGCGGGUUACGCCAUCCCGAAGGGCAAAGAUGGACCUGUGGUCAGAGUACAGGUUAGUAUUGAUCGUGGAGGGAGUUGGUAUGAUGCGACGAUCAUGGAUGGUGGGGAUGAGCAUACUACGCAUCCGGCGAACAGAGGGAAACCGAGAGGGAAGUUCAGUUGGGUGCUGUGGGAGGUAUAUGUUCCUGCUGAACCGGCCGAGGGCGUGGAUAUCUGGAGCAAGGCUACGGAUCGAGGAGGGAAUACUAUGAGUGAAGUGAAGGGGACAUGGAAUCUUAGGGGCGUCGGGUAUAACGCGCUUGAAGGCAGGGUUGGGAUCAAGAUUGACUGAAGAUGUGGAGGAGGCUGAUAAUGAGUAGCAUGAAUAUCAAGGGCCAGGACCAAAAGCAUGUUGCUACGAUAACAAAAAGAAUGUGUUGGAUACUACCA